GGUGCGUCUUGUUUAUCAUGACAACAGCUUCUUGUGAAGACCGGACGACCCGCGUUUAACGUCAUGAACGAACACGAACCCAACGAAGUGGGCGGCGACAAUGCCAGACACAUCAUGGCACACGCGGCGACUCAGAAAACCAGCAGCCACAGCAUCCACCCUUUGAUGAACAAUCAACACAACACGCAAAACCCUCAUCACGAUCAUCUUGCUGCCGAACGCUGUUACAAACACGAAUGUCUGAGCAGACACCACCUUUCACUGAGCCAUCACCACCUUAUAUUAUCCCAGACACGCUUCAACCCAUCUUUGAUUCAUCAACAUCUAGUUUCAUGCCGCCGGCACCAAGCUUUAAGCCAUUACCAUCAAAUGUUAAGCACCAACCAGUUACCGUUGGAUUACCACAGUCUGAGACUGAAUCUCUACCGACUUUCAAUGAGUCUCCCCCACAUGUCCAACCACCAACAGCUAUCAACAAGACGCCUCCCCCAUCUCAUGUCAUUGACCCCCCAACGCCAUACGCACAUGCAGUCAUCGAUCCCUCCGCUCAUGAGCUCAACAAGCCACCACCACCCACAGCUGUUUAAAGGCCGACCUCAACCAACUUCUUUUAGUCCCAGCCCUAUGUCUUUCAAAAUACAACCCCAACCCCUAAAUUUGAAAAGCCAACCCCGUCCUCUACUUUUGAAAAACAACCCCCGCCUGCUAUUCAUGAUCCCCCGUCCCAUAAAGUUGAACCAACUGUGUAAGAGCCCGGACAACCUGUCCCUAAGCCGUCGUCAACACCUCAUGAUGAGCCGUCAGCUCCUGACCUUGAGGGGUCAGAAACUGUGUAUGAGUCUGGACGACCUGUCCCUCAGCCGUCGUCAACAGCUCAUGAUGAGCCGUCAGCUCCUGACCUUGAGGGGUCAGAAACUGUGUAUGAGUCCGGACGACCUGUCCCUCAGCCGUCGUCAACAGCUCAUGAUGAGCCGUCAGCUCCUGACCUUGAGGGGUCAGAAACUGUGUAUGAGUCCGGACGACCUGUCCCUCAGCCGUCGUCAACACCUCAUGAUGAGCCGCCAGCUCCUAACCUUGAGCGGCCAACAACUGUUGAUGACCCCGGACAACCAGUCACUCUACCGUUUACAGCUAAAAUUGAGCCGAGGCCACAUAGCGUCAGCCCACCGCCUCCUGUUGAAUCCCCACCUCAAGUACCCCAGCCGACAUCGUAACUUUAGCCAACACCCCCACCGUACAACUCUGACAGACACAGAACCGCACGAGAAUGAUAUCUAACCACCUAAACCAAAGAUCUCACAAUCAAGAGAUGGUGAAGCCACAUGGUUCUUCUUAUGCCGGUUCCAUGAGUAUUUUUACCUUAACUUAGCAAAUGGUUUUAGUCUUCGGGUGGAACUUAAUUGACGGGUUGUCUAUCUUUCCGUCACGGGUAAAAACUUAUUAGCAACAUUUUAACAAUUUACACUAUUCCUUUUUUAUGUACAUGUGAUGUGAAAUUAGACUUAGUUUGAUAAUGACUUUUUAAAAUAUAAAUUACGGUUUAAUCAUUUGUUUGAUAAAAA